AUGGAUAUCUUACAACGAUCUCACGAUGCUCACCGUGAAGAAACAAAUAUUACACAAAGUAUAUUUUCCGGUAGUGCCAUUUUAUACAGUAUUGCUCUUAUGAUAGUCAUCGUUGUCAUAUAUUAUUUACAUCGAAAACUUCGAUCAUUCAUACGCCGUCAAGAAACGAGUACUCUAACAACCAUGGCAACAACUGGACUCUCUCAAAUACAUCCGGGAGCCAGUGUUCUCAUGAGUGCUCUACAACGUCUUGAUACCUUAGACAUUGCGACUUAUCAACAUGGUUUAUAUCUUCUACCUCAUUUACCACCACUUAAAUUCUAA